CCGGGGCCCGAGCGCGCCCUCGCGGCCCUCCCCGCCGCGCGCCGUAGUCCAGUCCCAAGAUGGCGGCCACCAUGAAGAAGGCGGCUGCAGAAGAUGUCAACGUUACUUUUGAAGAUCAACAAAAGAUAAACAAAUUUGCACGGAACACGAGUAGAAUCACAGAGCUGAAGGAGGAAAUAGAAGUUAAAAAGAAACAACUCCAGAAUUUAGAAGAUGCUUGUGAGGACAUCAUGCUUGCAGAUGAUGAUUGCUUAAUGAUACCUUAUCAAAUUGGUGAUGUUUUCAUUAGCCAUUCUCAAGAAGAAACACAGGAAAUGUUAGAAGAAGCAAAGAAAAAUUUGCAAGAAGAAAUCGACGCCUUAGAAGCCAGAGUGGAAUCAAUUCAGCGAGUGUUAGCGGAUCUGAAAGUUCAGUUAUAUGCAAAAUUUGGGAGCAACAUAAACCUCGAAGCUGAUGACAUUGCUGUUUGGAGGUGGCGAAAGCACUUUAGAAAGACCCCAUCCGGGGCGCCUGGGUGGCUCAGUGGUUAAAGCCUCUGCCUUCAGCUCAGG